GUUUAGUUUUAUGCUGAUAUCUUUAUGAGCGAACUACUUAGAGUUACGCCACUUUGCGGGAUUGAAGAUACGCCUGUCUGCGGUAUAGACGACGAUGUGACGUACUGAUGAUUUCUAACAAGAACAGAACAGCGUCGUGUACAACUAGCUACAGAGGUAAGCACAAAGUGUGGUCAGC